CUUGUCAAAUGUGCACAGAAACAUGUCCUUUCUACUCCUAUUCUUUCUCUUGUUUUCCAUCUUACAGCAUACAACAGAUCAUAAUAAUAAAGCUUUUAUUAUUCCUUUAUAACAUGAAGAGAUUAUUAUGUUAUAGGUUUAAACUGGUCAUUUCCCCUGCUACACUUCACUUUUCUUAAAAUCUUGAAUAUUCAUUUUAAUUUGUGAGAUGUUGCCUUCCUUCAUUGGCAUAAUUUACAUGUGAAAGUAAAAACAGGCGUCUGUCUCUUAGAUCAUUAAAUUUGACUAUGGGAUGAAAAGCGAGGACCCCAUCGAUAAGAUGCGGUUCUACAAUAAGAGAGAACCUGAUGUAGGAUUCAAGCUCCCCGACAACCAGAAGUCCGUGUUUCACCCGAAAUACUUCUCUGAGAAGCUGAUCAGGGUUUACUACAAGAACACUGAUGAAGAAAGUGUGAAGAAAGCCUACAAGCACAUGGAAAACUGCAAAAAACAAUGGCCAGAUCUUAAGGACACAGAGUAAGACCAGAGCCCAGGAGGAAACAUCCAAAACAAUGAAUGAAGCAGUUUUGGAAAAUGAAGAUUAAAUUUGGUAAAAGAAAGCCAUUCCUCCCUGAUACUCAUCACGGUUGAUUGUUAUAAAACACUCAACAAGGUGAACAUGUUAAAGAGCACAGCCUAAAUCUUGAGGUCUCUAAAAACAUUUUACACCAUUUUUCUCCAAAAACGAAUGAUUUAAGAGUAAUGAGGAUCAUUAUUGCAUAUUAAAGCCCUGUUGAAUAUCAUACACAUACCUUUGUUUUGGUUGAGUCAUCUUGACUCAGCUUUAUUGAGACUCACUUCUCCAUCUGCAGCUGAUUAUUACAUCACGUUUAAAACAGAAUCAGUGCUGAAUAACACCAGAAGCCGGCCGUUGUGUAAUUCUGUUAACAAAUCAUCAUUCAGCUAACGGUCACACCAACAAAGUGAACAUUUAGGUUCUGGUUGAGGGAUUUUAAAUAUUUAGAGGUGUUUGGUUUUUAUGUUAAUCGUGUGAGUUAAUGUUUUAAUCUGACUAGAUAUUAUUUUGACUUUGAGUGAUGUUUGAUUAAAGGUUGUUUUGGUGUU